AUGGGGGCACUUUUAGAUGGAAAUAAAUAUGUUCAUGUAUUACUUCUUGGAGCAUAAGAUGUCGGAAAAACUAAAUUCUUAUAUGAAGGAUUGCUUCAAAACAAAUAUAAGGAUCCUCCUUAUAAACCAACAGAAGGGUAUAACAUGGAAUGUAUGAAAUAUGAAUAAACUACGUAUGCUUUAUGGGAUCUGGCAGCUUCACCUGAAUUCAUGACACUUUGGCAUGUGUUUUAUUAGUUUAUUCCAUUUAAAGUUACCAUCUUUGUUGUUAGAGUCAUUAAAGGAACAAAAGCCUAGAGGUCAAAACAUUUUGAUAGCAUGGGGUAAUCAAGAUAAUUGUUACAUCGUUUGAUGACUCUCGAAGUGUUUUAAACUAAACCUCUCCUUCUUUUAGUGAAUAUCGAAAAAGAUCAAAGUAGUUAACAAGGUGAUAAGCAAGAGGCACUCAAUGAAGCUAAGGCUUGCUUAAAUUGGGAUGAUAUCAAAGUAAGAGACAAAUAAGCAAUCGUGCUUGAUGUAAAUGCCUAUUUGGAUCAUGAAUAAGUGUUAAUGGCUAUGGAUAAAAUGUAUAAAAAAGCAGAAGAAGAAGAUAGUAACAAAAAAGAGUGA